UUCCUGUUUCUCUCAGCUCAGCUAACCCGUGAAAGAGAAGAAGGGAGGGAGGGAGGAGGGGAGGACAGUAUAAAGAGAGGUAGAGACCGGAGAGGAGGCACACAAAAUAAGGAUUGUACACUUAGGAAGAAAGAAAGAGAGAGAAGGAGAAGACAGUCUCUCAUUGUGGGAAUAUAACAACAAAGAAAGGACCAACUAUUGUAUAACUUGUGAACUGAUAUGGAGACAGACAAGAAGAUACAGACACAAGUGGAGCUCACAGACAGUGAUCUGUCUGAGCAGAUUAAGGCUGUGACCAAGGACAGCCAUGUCAGAGCAGAGAACACUGAGCUGAUGCUGGCCUACCAGAGAGGAAACGUCAGUCUGACACAGUACAAGCUUCUCCUGUGCUCCCUCUAUGAGAUUUAUCAAGCACUAGAGGAAGCUCUGGACAACAACUCCAACCACCCGAGUGUCGCGCCUAUAUACUUCCCCCUGGAACUAGCACGGCUGGAGUCAGUGGAGAGAGACCUGGAGCAUUUCUAUGGGCAGGACUGGAGAGAGAAGAUUGUUGUACCGGCUGCCACUAAAAUAUAUGCCCAUAGACUCAGACAGAUCGGCAAAGACAACCCUGAGUACCUAGUGGCCCACGCGUACACCCGCUACCUCGGCGACCUAUCUGGCGGACAAGUCCUUGGCCGCAUUACUCAGAAGUCUCUGGGGCUGAAGGGUGGCGAGGGUCUGUCGUUCUUUUCCUUCCCGGGCGUGAGCAGCCCCAACCUGUUCAAACAGCUGUACAGGAGUAGAAUGAACAGCAUAGAGCUGGAGGAGGAGGAGAGGAAAGGAAUGCUGGAGGAGGCUGUCAGAGCCUUCGAGUUGAACAUCCAGGUCUUUGACGAUCUUCAGAAGAUGGUGUCUGUGACAGAGACGGAAAGUGAGCUCAUGCAUACGACAACCAGAAAUAGAUGCACAAGACACUCGUCGACACAUUCCGAACUGGCUGAGGGAGAGAAACUGACGGCUAGAUCCCUUCAGAUCCAGACCAGUCUGGUCAACGCAUCACCCCUCUUCAGAAUGGUGCUGGGGAUCUGUGUCGCCCUGGCAACGGUUGGCAUGGGAAUCUAUGCUUUUUAAAGUUGUAGAGAAGUGUUUUCAGCAAAGUUGUAUCCGUCCAUAACAGAAGAUUACCCUAGACCUAGAUGAUGAUGUUGGGAGUAUUUUUGUACUUUAAAGACUUUAAAGAGAAUGAAGGACCCCAUAUUUUAUAAUGUUGUUGAUCCUAAAUAGUUUUAAAAGUUGUUAAAAAAACUAAAUACUUUACAGAAGUAAGUAAUAACUUAGUGAUAUACAUUCUUAUAGUUCCUGUGUUGUAUGUAGCCACAUUAAACUAUGAGUUAGGAUGUGUAUGAUAUUGAUACAUGUCCAUGUGUCUGACUGGCAGUACUGACUCAAUGUCCACCAGUAUAAAAUCACUAGUACACUAGAAAUAGACUAGUACUCCUGAGCAUUUUGUGAAAUUUCGGAAUCAUUUAUCAAUGUCACUGUGAAAAUGCGAGAAAUGAAAUCUAUCCUUUUUCAUUUACAAUCUCAAGAUUUAGCCAUUACUACUGUAAUAUUUCUACCUGUCAAAUCCAUUUUUGUAAAGUCAGUUAUACUGUUUGUAAUUUGUUCAACAAAAAUAUUUGUAUAUAUUGUAUAUAUUUGUACUUUUUUUAAUAAAGAGAGUAUACCAUGUGGGGUAUAAAAUGCACAGAU